GCAUCUUUGUUUUGGUGCACGUGUGUGGUUUAAUAUCCCGAUUCAGGUGCUUUUUUAGCUUCUGUGAAUGAAAACCAUGCCUGCAGCACCUGCAUCGAGUAAUAACGGCAAGCCCACGGAGCCGCACAAGUCCUGGAAGAAGGUGAACGAGGAGCGAAAGGCGCUGAAACGUCAACGCAAGCAAGAGAAACUACUGAAGGAGCUGCAGCAGGCCAAAGAUGCAGAAACCCGGGCGGAGGAUGCCGCCAAAGAAGCAGAAGUCAACAAAUCCAAGGGCAAUCCAUCUACGCUGAGCAUAGCCGUUCCGGGAUCCAUCCUGGAGAAUGCCCAAUCCGCGGAACUGCGCGCCUAUGUAGCCGGACAGAUAGCCCGAGCUGCCUGCAUAUUCCGAGUCAACGAGGUGAUUGUCUUUGAUGAUGUGGGGAUAGCUACGGCACGGGAAACAAAACGCAGUUACGAACAAGAUGAGAAUGGUAGUGGCACCGGCACGGUGAGGAGUAGCUCACUGCAGCUGGCCCGCAUCCUACAGUAUCUGGAGUGCCCGCAAUAUUUGCGCAAAUACUUCUUUCCCCUUCACAAGGACCUCAAGUACUCCGGCCUUCUAAAUCCCCUGGACACGCCCCACCAUCUCCGACAGCAGAGCAAAUUCCGCUACCGCGAGGGUGUGAUCAGUGACAAGAAGGCGAAGGAAGGACACAGUUACGCGAAUGUGGGACUACUGAACGAUGUUCUGGUGGACAAGGCCGUUGAACCAGGAGUUCGAGUGACUGUAAAGAUGGAUCCUCCAAGUGAAACUACAAAGAAGCAGCGAGGCACCCUGGUCAGUCCGGACGAGCCACGUCGGGAAACUGGAGUCUAUUGGGGCUAUCAGGUUCGCAUUGCCCACUCCCUGUCGGAAAUCUUCACGAAAUCUCCCUACGAGACCGGCUACGAUGUGACCCUUGGAACCUCGGAUCGCGGAACCAACGUCCAUGAGGUGCCCAGCCGAUCCUACAGCUACAAGCAUAUGCUAAUUGUUUUCGGCGGCUUGCAAGGCUUGGAAUCCGCCCUGGCCAACGACGAAAAGUUGACAGUGGACGACCCUGAGCUCCUGUUCGAUCACUAUGUUAAUGUCCUGCCACGACAAGGAUCCCGGACCAUUCGAACCGAGGAAGCUCUGCUGAUUGCUUUGGCGGCCCUGCAGGAAAAACUCCAACCGGAGGUGGCCGAAGUGGAGACAGAUCUAAGUGACCUGCUGCCGAAAAGCGAGGAUACCGGCAUCGCCGUGAGACGAGAUGUGUUGGUCAGCAAAAAGCAAAAGAAGCGAAAGCAGGUGGACCAGGAAACCCCCGAUGUCCCUGACGAAGAUGUCCCUGCCCCCAUACUUACUCCCAAAGUAGCUCGAAAAACCCCCAAUCCCUUCACGGAUCCGUCUGAAACGCCAGAGACAACGACCACUCCAGCCGAUGAUGAUUUUGAAGUGGUAUCCUCGACGACAGUUUCUGGAAAGGCACAGACCAGUGAGAAUGACAAUGACUUGAGUCGAUUUGAUUGAAUGGAAUAGUUGGAGGUUUUUAU